GUGGUUAGUACGUGAGUGCGGCUGCGACCAGGACAUUUUGCAGCGACUCUUCGAAAAAUUUACAUACUGCCGCAGAACUGAUCCUCUCCAUGCACCCCGGGAUGGCUUUGUCAGCGCAGUGCAGCAGAGCACAAGACUAUACGCUGCGCUUACAACAACAUCUUUGUUGUCGGUCCCUGGCGUUGCGAGGCCGAUGAACUGGGGGGAUGUUCUUUGGCAACUUUCAUGCAUGGAAGCUCCGACACUGUCCUGGGCUGACCUUGUGGCAGUGGUGUGCUGGUGCCGAGCUUGGAGUCUGGGUCUCCCCACCUCAGAAGCUUCAGCGUCCUCCUUCCCUGCACGACCAACUUCGCUUGUCCAAGUCUCGGCAGCCAAAGCCCGUUUGGAUUCAUUGCUACGAGACCGAGCGGUGAGGUCAUCAGACACGUCUGCAAGGGAUGGACUGUCGCCGAGGCAUGGCCAGGCGCGAGAGCGAGAGAAGCAGCCUUUGCCAUCCAUGCAUGCGAAACUUCCGGAGCAUUUGCAAAGCGGCUCCCCACUGGAGACGGUCAGCAGAAGACUGGCGCAGGCGUCAGGGUUUGCCUUGCCCCCACGUGCACAUCGUUCAAAGCAUCCUUGGCUGGACGACUCAGAUGAUGAUGCUCCUUCACGCGCAGACAGGCAAUACGUUCGAGCUCCAGAAGUUCCUCAUCUGUCCCCUCGACAUGAAGUGAUGGCCCCAAAGCCUGCAGCUGCGUUGCGGUUGCAGCUCCCCGCUGAAGCACAGCUGCCAAAUCCCACUGAGCUUCAAAAGCUGGAAGGAGAGCUUGCCAAAAUCCUAAACAUGCCCGUUCAAGCUGUCAGGCUGCAGGGCAUGAGGCCGCUCUGA